AUGGGUGAUUUACCUAAUUGGGAAAUCAAUGAUCACAAUGAAAUCUAUAUAAUCAAAGCAGAGUCAAUGAAGAAAUCAUAUGAAGGCAUUGUAAAAAAACUACAAAAGGAAAGAGUAAAAUAUGUCAAAUAAUAAUAAACAUCCAAUGAAGAACAUUAAUAAGAAAAACCCACCUCAGAUCUCAUUUAAUAAUUCUCCCUUCUUAAAUCGGAAUUUGUCUAGAGGUAUCAGACCAAGGCCUCGAUGCAGAGAGGGUAACUCAAGCUGAAGAAAAGAAUAGAACUAGUCUAAGAGUAGCUAAAAGAAUAAAGCAAAAUACAAUAAUAUUAGUAAUAAUAGCAACAAUAGUAAUAAUUAAACUAGUUUAGAAAAAUGACUUGA